CAGUCACGUGAUUCUCAGCUUAUUUUACCAGGAAGAGGUAAAUCUUGCUGCUCAGGGGGAAAUACAGGAAGAGGAGAAAGCAGUCAUGUGCCUGCAAUAACAAUAAUGAUUGUUUAGAUCAGUGGCCAGCUUCAGGUAAACAGUUUCUUCUUUUAGAAAUGGGGCCCUUACCAGUAACUCAGCUCCUGCUGGCCCUGACCUCACUGACUGUGGCCCUGGAUAACGGUUUGAUGAGGACUCCCCCGAUGGGAUGGAUGGCCUGGGAACGCUUUCGUUGUGAUAUUGACUGUUUUGAUGACCCAGAGAACUGUAUCAGUGAGGGUCUGUUCAGAGACAUGGCAGACCGGCUGGCUGAGGAUGGCUGGAAGGAGCUGGGCUAUGAAUAUGUAAUCAUAGAUGACUGCUGGAUGUCCAGGUUGAGAGAUGAGCAGGGGAGGCUGCAGCCUGAACCUUCCAGGUUCCCAGGGGGUAUUGCAAAACUUGCGUCAUAUAUCCAUGACCGUGGACUGAAGCUUGGCAUCUAUGCAGACAUGGGCACUUACACAUGUAUGGGCUUUCCCGGUACCACACUGGAUAAAAUUGAGAUUGAUGCCCAGACCUUUGCCAGCUGGGAGGUAGACUAUCUGAAGUUUGAUGGGUGUAACUCAAAUCCUGUAGAACAAAUGCUGGGUUAUCCUUUAAUGUCCAUGGCUUUGAACGCUACAGGCAGACCUAUGGCCUACUCCUGUAGUUGGCCUGUUUAUCUGGGAGGACUUCCACCUAGUGUGAAUUACUCUCUGCUGGGGGAUAUUUGUCACCUGUGGAGGAAUUAUGAUGAUAUCCAGGACUCAUGGGACAGUGUGCAAGGCAUCAUUGAAUGGUUCGCCAACAACCAGGAUGAUCUGCAGCCAGCUGCGGGGCCUGGACGAUGGAAUGACCCUGACAUGCUCAUCAUUGGAAACUUUGGUCUCAGCCUGGACCAGGCUCGCUCUCAGAUGGCUUUGUGGGCUAUAAUGGCUGCACCUCUCAUCAUGUCUAAUGACCUUCGAAACCUGGACAACAGCGCACGGGCCAUCCUGCAAAACAAAGUGGCCAUUGCCAUCAACCAGGACCCCAUGGGUAUCCAGGGAAGACGCCUGCUGCAGGAGAAGAGUCACAUUGAGGUGUACUGGAGGCCUCUGGUUCAUUCAGCCAGUGCCCUUGUGUUCCUCAGUCGACGGACAGACAUGCCCUACCGCUACCAUACCUCCCUGGCUAAACUCAACUAUGAUGCUGGCAACUAUGAGGCCUACGAUGUGUUUACUGGCUCGACAGUGAAGGGGUUGAAUGCCACAACAGAGUUGACACUCUCCAUCAAUCCCUCAGGUGUUGUCAUGUGGUACGUCUAUCCAGAACAGUACAAAGAAGAGGCUGAGACACUCGUCCAACAGCACAUGAAAGCCUCAUUUACAUUCCACAAAGCUAAAGCUUUGCAUCAUACUGUCUUAUGACGGGAUUUUAUAGAAAGUUUUAACAUGUUUGACCUUCAUAUACCUGAUGAAUAUCUGACAGAAAUGUAAUAAACCAAUAAGCGAGACAGUG